AGUAGAGGGGAUGCUGGCAUAUAGCGUCGCGACGUCCGGCGUCUGAGUUAGUUCCUACUCAAGACAACUACCACAGUUCAAAAGUCAACUGAUCGUGUUAUUUGGAGUUUAUUUAUUUUUUUUUUUCUUUAUUUCUAAUAAAUUAAAUUAAAAAUGCCGGCACGCAAUAAAGAACAAGAAGCUGAAGUUUUGGAGUGGAUCGAAGCUGUUCUUGGCGAAAAAUUACCCAAGGGAGACUACGAGGACAUUUUGAAGGACGGAGUUGUUCUUUGCCAGUUGAUAAACAAACUUGCACCUGGUUCUGUUAAGAAAAUCCAAACCAAGGGUACCAAUUUUCAAUUGAUGGAAAAUGUCCAAAGGUUUCAAGCAGCGAUUAAAAAUUAUGGAGUUCCACAAGAAGAAAUUUUCCAAACUGCGGAUUUAUUUGAGAGACGUAACAUCCCUCAAGUAACUUUGUGUCUUUACUCUCUUGGAAGAAUGACACAAAAACACCCUGAGUACAAUGGACCAAGAUUAGGACCAAAAAUGGCCGAGAAAAAUGAAAGAACAUUCACAGAAGAUCAAUUAAGAGCCAGCGAAGGUCAACUGAACCUUCAAAUGGGUUUCAACAAAGGUGCAAGUCAAUCUGGUCACGGAGGAUUCGGAAAUACAAGACACAUGUAAUUGUUUAACACAUUCGCGUCGAAUAUUUUUUAUUUUGUUCAGUACAACAUGUUAACACUGCAUUCUAUUACACAAUAAAUAAAACCAAAUCCUUAAAUACACUAAUAAAUAUGUAUACUAUUUUUUUAAUACUUGGAUAAUUAAUAAAAAGUUGGACGACAGAGU